CGGUUGGAGAGAAUGCAACUGUGCAGCGCGGCUCGCUCACACCGGGCGCAGUAAGGAGGCGCGAGACAGACGCUUGAACACCGCGUCUGGCUUCGAAUAACACACACACACACACACACAUACACACAUACACACCACCAGCAGAGUUUGUUGUUUUAAAGAACACAAUGCCAGCCGUGAUGAAAAACUCCGAUCUGGAGUUCGACUCCUUCCAGCCGUGUUUCUACCCGGACGAGGAUGAUUUUUACUUGUGCGGCCCGGGAGAGGACAUCUGGAAAAAAUUCGAGCUUCUACCGACUCCGCCGCUGUCCCCGAGCCGCGCGGCGCUCGCGAGCGGUGAUGCGGGGGUCGAGUGCGCGUCUCUGGGUGAGUUUGGACUCGGCGAUCCGCUGGACUGGGCUUCUGAGCUGCUGCUUCUCCCGCCGCAGGACACCGAGGACGAAGCGUGGCGCGCACCGGAGAGCGACCUGUUCGGCGCGUGUGCGCUGGACGACCCGGUCAUCCUGCAGGACUGCAUGUGGAGCGGCUUCUCGGCGCGCGAGAAGCUCGAGCGCGCCGUCAACGAGAAGCUCGGCCGGACCGUUUCCUCGGUAUCUGCCGCCGCCGCAUCCGCUUCUGGAUCUUCCGGACUUAAAAGCAGCGCUGUGAAGGCGCCCGAGUCGAACCGGGCUGCGACUGAGUGCGUGGACCCGGCUGUGGUUUUCCCCUUCCCCGUGAACAAAAGGAACGGAGGGCAGAGCGCGAGCCAGACGACGAGCGCAUCUUUGGCUCAAGUGGACAGGCGAGCGGACGACACCCCGAGCGACUCCGACGACAAUGAUGACGGGGAUGACGAAGACCAAGAUGACGAGGAAGAUGAUGAGGAAGAUGAAGAAGAAGAUGAAGAAGAAGAAGAAGAGGAGGAGAUCGAUGUAGUCACAGUUGAGAAGCGGCGGUCCACUGCUAGCAAGAACUUCAACUCUCAGGCGACAUCGUCAGCGAGCCGGCUAAAUCCGGGCACGAGCCGGGCGCCCCAGGAGCUCAUUUUAAAAAGGACGGCGGCUGCCUCCAUCCACCAGCAGCAGCACAACUACGCAGCGCCUUCGCCGUACUCGGACGAUUCGGACCUUCCCUCAGCUCCCCCGAGCAAAAAACACAGAUCCGACAGCAGCGCUAGCUCCAGCACAAUCUCCCAGCGUAGUGCUAAAACAAACACGUGCUUGCCGAUCUCGCUGAACGGGACUCAGCGGCUCAGGAAAAGCGGCUCGGGCUCUGACUCGGAGGACAACGAGCGCCGCCGCAACCACAACAUCCUGGAGCGGCAACGACGCAACGACCUGCGCUCCAGCUUCCUGACUCUACGCGAUCAGCUGCCCGAGCUGGCUAAAAACGACAAGGCAGCCAAGGUGCUAAUCCUCAAGAAGGCCACAGAGUACGUGGGUUCACUCGAGACCCAGGAGCACCGGCUUCGUCAGGAAAAGGACAAGCUCCAGGCGAGACGGCAGCAACUCCUCCGCCGCCUGGAGCACGCCAGAACUCGCUAGCCUGCUACAUGCUAACCUUUAGCACUCACGGCUGCAAGCUAAUUGGCUGAACAGCCCCCCAAAAAAACUAAUUUACGGACACUCACUGCCGCCACUUUCUUUGCACAUUUUUUGGACGUCUAGAAUGUUUCGGGUUUACUUUUGUCAUUCCAGUCACAUCAAGGAAAAGAGAAAGUACAAGGAUGGUCCCUUAUUCCAUCCUAAUUUCUUAUUGUUUUUGUUUUUUUUAUGAAAAAAAAAAAAGGGUUUGCUGUCAGAAUUGACGGACAAACCCCUUCCUCCCUCAGACUUUCGUAGAACUGCCAUUCAGGAACGUGGAAGUCGACGAGGAGCACGCAAUACAACACACACCCACUUUGCCUUCACUUUGCAAAUGACACGAAAAAAAAAAGAAGCAAAUAAAAGUUUUUUUUUUUUUUUAAAUCAAUAUGAGACACGAUUCAGGAGUCGGUUCAGUGGGACUCGACUCUCUCACACACCUCUGUUUCUGGUGCUUUUAACUCCAGAUAUACCUCUGAGCACCUUGAUGUCAGUUAAGCAAAAUACUAUCAGUCUGCCUUGUUUUUUUGUACACAGAACUGUCUUUGGGUUUUUCUAAGAAAAUAACUAGACUGGAAGUUUAUAUACCUUUAUUAAGUACUGUAUGACCUCGAUUUACGAGGAACUUUGUAAUAUAAUAUGUUUUUUUAUUUGUUUUUUUUUUUUUUUUCAGUUUCAUAUUAUCGUUCUUUGUUCAUCACAUGAUACUUACUAAUUUGUACACCUAUGCUUUAGUGUGCUUCUGAUACAUACUAAAAUUUGAUACUUAUAUUUUCGUAUGAAAAUGAGUUGAGUAGAUAUCACUAUCUUGUUUUAUCUCUUUGCUCUUUACGUUCAUUUUUUUUUUUAUUGUACAGAAAUCUCUCUAUCUACAUUUACCUUCCUCCCUUGUUUGUUUAUAUAUUUGUACCUCUCGGGUUCAUAGAACUGGGUCAAUGGGAAUGUUUUUUUCUUCUCUCUCUCUCUCUCUCUCUCUCUCUCUCUUUCUCUCUCUCUCUCUUUCUUUUUCUAAGCGUACAUUUUAGUGCUGCAACUCAUAGCACUUUGAAAUACCUCAUUUUGAAAAAUAAAUAGAAUUUGAAAACA